AUGUUCGCCACGUGGCUGGCACGCCGUCUCUAUUCGCAAUUCGAUGCGGAUCGAAUUUUCGAAGAAAUGGACAAAAUCCAGCUGGAGACGCGGAUUCUGGAGCACGAAGACGUCGAGGAGGAAGAGGAUUCUGGAGCCGCCACGUGGAUUCUGACGACGUCGGCGAUUGUUUGCGUGGGCGGAAUUACGGUCGCCUUUCAAACUUUGGAAAUGAGGACUUUGGCCGGAGUUGUUGCAGGUGCUUCGAAAAUUGACAGAAUGUAUAUGGAAAAUUGAAUGAUUUUUGUAGGACUUACGGUAGUUGGUGGUACGGUAGCACUUGGCGCCACGUGGCAUCUGAAACGGAAAAUACGGGCGGUGCGGAACACGAUCGCACAGAUGGAGGCGACGAAAAUGGCGUUGAAGCGGCGGAAGCAGGUCUUUUUUAGGUACGGACAAUACGCCAAAAAAGUCUGUUGUGGCCGUAGUCAGAAAUCAUUUUUAGGGGCAGUCUCUAGCAAUACAGUUCAUAACUCGAAAACGAAAUUUUUUAAAGAUAUACGAUGAACUAGAAAGUCAUUUACGAGAUGAUUUGGGUCAACUUUCCAGUUGACCACUUUUCAAACGGACUCCUGGUUCUUGAGAUAAAGAAGAUGGACUUACGAGAAAACGUUCCUUUUUUUUCCGAUUCAGCAUCUCGAUGCGGGUUCCACGGCCACGCAAUCCGCUCGUCUGCCGAGCUUGCCGUCUCACAGUCACCGCAAUCGAAGUGCUCAAUUCGGAAACGCUCAAAAUGGCGGACGCCACGUGGCAAGACCUCUACACUCGGGAAAUACGGGCGAUAACGGAGAGGAGCCGCGGAAAUGCGGAAAAAUUGCAAAUCGAAGAGGAAAACGGGGAAAAUGAGGGAGAGGAUGUGGAUUUCGAGACGGUUUUUGAGGUAAGUUGGGGGGCAGGGCUGACCGGCCCAGGCUUCUGGAGGCCUGGACCUUUGACCUACUCGCAAUGAUCCGAUCGGGCCCAAACUUUACAGGCUUCUUGGGAUUGUAUUGAAGUAUAUUGAGCCCAAGUUUCAGACCGAUCGGAUCAUCCGGUCCCGAGAAUCUCGGGCCGAAAUAUAAUUCUCUGAAUCUUGCAGACCCUCAUCGCCGUCUUCAAACUGCACGCCAGCGAGUAUUGUCGCGUUCUACUAUCGACGGUGUUGGAAAAAUUUGAAUUUAAGCAAUUCCGAACCUUUUUGAUCAUUUGUGAACGUUUACAAGACAUUUCGCACAAAUUGAACGGUAAAUUAUUGGAAACAAGCGCUCAGAAAGCGAGAAUUUUUCUCAUUUAGCAAUUGAGAAAGCGGCUCUGAAAGGCGACGGACAACGAACGAAAAACGGGGAAAAACGAGAAAAGGCGGCUGGAAGUGUGCCGGAAAUCGGCUGGAAACAACAGACGGAAAUGGCAUUGGAGGCCGUUUUGGACGGGUAGUUUUCUGCAAAAUUUGAACACGAGAAUCUAAAACUUUCAGCCUGGAAUCUGGACAUUUGAGCCGAUCCGAAGUCGAAUUGGCGCUCCGCAGGACCCUUGUCAUCUUGGGAACCGAACCGAUUCGGACGGAAAUUCCGGAAAAUUCUGGAAAAAUCGAUCUGAAAUUGGCCGAGAAUGCGCCGACGCAAGCGAAAAUGUUUGAGAGAACAGAAAAUACCGAUGAGGAUAUGGUGGGUAUUUUUUUAGAUUGACAUCGUUUGAUUCUUUACUAAUUCACCCAUUUUGUGCAGGUCUUCGAAGGGAUUCCCCUCUCGGAAGCGGACAAAUUGGCGUCGCGGAGUGCGGUGGCGCGUGACGUCCUUCUCGACGGAUCGGAGGGCCGGAAACACGAGGCCAACCUGUUCGGAGAGUUAAAAAUGGUGCUCGAGCCGAGACGGACCGAUUUUGCGAAAAGGGAACGGAAGGCGCUGGCCGCGUUUUAUGGAAUCGACGAAAAAGAGUUGGAAGAAAAGGAGAAAGAAGAGGAGGAGGUGUUUUCGAAUGAAUCUCUCCCCGGAAAACGACAAUUGUCUUGCAGAGUUUGUUCGAAGGCGUCGGAAUGGGCGAAAGCGUCGACGCGGAGCCGUACGACUGGCGGAAAGACGCAGAAAACAGUGCCGGAAUCCAUCAGCACACCGAAAAUGACACGUUUUUGAGUGCAUUGGCCGCGCGGCGGGUUCACGACAAUGUUAUUGAAUAG